GCGGGCGAGGGCGUCGGCACGAUGAGCGACACGCGGCGGCGCGUCAAGGUGUACACGCUCAACGAGGACCGCCAGUGGGACGACCGCGGCACGGGCCACGUGUCGUCGGGCUACGUGGAGCGCCUCAAGGGCAUGUCCCUGCUCGUGCGCGCCGAGAGCGACGGUUCUCUGCUUUUAGAGUCUAAAAUAAAUCCAAACACUGCAUACCAGAAACAACAGGAUACGUUGAUUGUGUGGUCUGAAGCAGAAAAUUAUGACUUGGCCCUUAGCUUUCAAGAGAAAGCUGGGUGUGAUGAAAUUUGGGAGAAAAUAUGUCAGGUUCAAGGGAAGGAUCCUUCGGUGGACAUCACUCAGGACCUUGUAGAUGAAUCUGAAGAGGAACGUUUUGAUGAUAUGUCAUCACCAGGUUUAGAAUUGCCAUCUUGUGAACUGAGUCGCCUUGAGGAGAUUGCUGAACUUGUUGCAUCAUCUUUACCUUCCCCACUUCGUCGUGAAAAACUUGCACUAGCACUGGAAAAUGAGGGUUAUAUUAAAAAGCUCUUAGAGCUUUUUCAUGUGUGUGAGGAUUUAGAAAAUAUUGAAGGACUGCACCACCUUUAUGAAAUUAUCAAAGGCAUAUUCCUCUUGAAUCGAACUGCUCUUUUCGAAGUUAUGUUCUCUGAGGAAUGUAUAAUGGAUGUUAUUGGAUGCUUAGAAUAUGAUCCUGCUUUAUCACAACCACGAAAACACAGGGAAUUUCUAACUAAAACUGCCAAGUUUAAAGAAGUGAUUCCCAUAUCCGAUCCUGAGCUGAAACAAAAAAUUCACCAGACGUACAGAGUUCAGUAUAUACAAGAUAUGGUUCUACCUACCCCUUCAGUCUUUGAAGAAAAUAUGUUGUCAACUCUGCACUCAUUUAUAUUUUUCAAUAAGGUAGAAAUUGUUGGCAUGUUACAGGAAGACGAAAAGUUUCUGACAGAUUUGUUUGCACAACUAACUGAUGAAGCAACAGAUGAGGAAAAGAGACAGGAAUUGGUAAACUUUUUGAAAGAAUUCUGUGCAUUUUCCCAAACGCUACAACCUCAAAACAGAGAUGCUUUUUUCAAGACUUUAUCAAAUAUGGGCAUACUACCAGCUCUAGAAGUCAUCCUUGGUAUGGAUGACAUGCAGGUGCGCAGUGCUGCUACUGAUAUUUUCUCAUACUUGGUUGAAUAUAAUCCAUCCAUGGUACGAGAGUUUGUCAUGCAGGAGGCACAACAGAAUGAUGAUGUAAGUAAGAAGUUAACAGAGCAAAAAAUAAACAACAAGGAUAUUUUGCUCAUCAACCUCAUUAUAGAACAUAUGAUUUGUGAUACAGACCCUGAACUUGGAGGGGCAGUCCAACUUAUGGGCCUGCUUCGAACUUUAGUUGAUCCAGAGAACAUGUUAGCUACUGCCAAUAAAACAGAAAAAACUGAAUUUCUGGGUUUCUUCUAUAAGCACUGUAUGCAUGUCCUCACUGCUCCGUUACUGGCAAAUACAACAGAAGACAAGCCUAGCAAAGAUGAUUUUCAAACAGCUCAGUUGUUGGCGCUUGUGUUGGAGUUGUUAACGUUUUGUGUGGAGCACCAUACCUACCACAUUAAGAAUUACAUUAUUAAUAAGGACAUCCUUCGGAGAGUGCUUGUACUGAUGGCUUCAAAGCAUGCUUUCUUGGCAUUAUGUGCUCUUCGUUUUAAGAGAAAGAUUAUUGGAUUAAAAGAUGAGUUUUACAAUCGCUACAUAAUGAAAAGUUUUUUAUUUGAACCAGUAGUCAAAGCAUUUCUCAACAAUGGAUCCCGCUACAAUCUGAUGAAUUCUGCCAUAAUAGAGAUGUUUGAAUUUAUUAGAGUGGAAGAUAUAAAAUCUUUAACUGCUCAUGUUAUUGAAAAUUACUGGAAAGCACUGGAAGAUGUAGAUUAUGUACAGACAUUUAAAGGAUUGAAACUGAGAUUUGAACAACAAAGGGAAAGACAAGAUAACCCCAAACUUGAUAGUAUGCGUUCCAUUUUGAGGAAUCAUAGAUAUCGAAGAGAUGCCAGAACGCUAGAAGAUGAGGAGGAGAUGUGGUUUAACACAGAUGAAGAUGAUAUGGAAGAUGGAGAAGCUGUAGUGUCCCCGUCUGACAAAACUAAAAAUGAUGAUGAUAUCAUGGAUCCAAUAAGUAAAUUCAUGGAAAGAAAGAAAUUAAAGGAAAGUGAGGAAAAGGAAGUGCUUCUGAAAACCAAUCUUUCUGGUCGGCAGAGCCCAAGUUUUAAGCUUUCCCUCUCUAGUGGAACAAAGACAAAUCUUACCAGCCAGUCACCUGCAACUAAUCUGCCUGGUUCUCCGGGGUCCCCUGGGUCUCCUGGGUCCCCAGGCUCUCCUGGAUCCGUCCCUAAGAACACAUCUCAGACGGCAGCUAUUACCACAAAGGGUGGCCUCGUGGGUCUGGUAGAUUAUCCUGAUGAUGAUGAGGACGAUGAUGAAGAUGAAGACAAGGAAGACACGCCACCAUUGUCAAAGAAAGCAAAAUUUGAGUCAUCAUAAUGGCAACUGCCUAUGUUCAGUACCUGUUGAAAAACUGGUUAUUUGCCCCUCCCCCCACAAAAUCCACAACAAGCAGUGGCUCUUGUGAAUGACUGACAGGUCAGCCUGCACACUUGACUGCUGCUCAUCAAGUGCCAAUUCAAUGGAGCAGGAGGAGGGGGUGUUAUACACAUAGGGGAAGGACUUGAAAGCCUUUGAGCUCUCCAGCUUGGACCACACAUUGCCCUUUUCUCAGGGAAGGAAAUGGAAAUAAAAAGCCAACAGGGCAGGGGUUUUGUAAGUGGAUCUCUGGAUUGACUGGUCAGUUGCAACAAUCAGAACAUGCUUUCUCGGACCAUGUUUGAGACUCAGAAGAAAUGGGCUUUUUUGCCAAGAUUCUUCACUAGUUAAGAAUGCCAGCAGUUUCUUUGAUAAAGAGACCUGCCUCUAAAAUCAUACAUUCUGAACAUUUUAGUCAAGAUACAACAGGUUUGGAAAACCUCUAUGGGGGAGGGGCGAAUAUAAAUUUCCUCUUUUUUAUCUGUUCCCUUUGCCCUUCAAACUGCAGUUUUUUGUUUUUUGUUUUUUGUUUUUUUAAGUAGGGUUUUGUCCCUACUUGAUUAAAGAUUGAGUGGAAUUCUAGAUGUGGUCAUUUGUGUCAUAUGUUUUGUUUCAUUUUGUUUCUCGAGGUCCCCCCCCCCUCCCCUGAGUGUAUGCUUAGUUGUUGAGUAUAUAUAUUUGGGACCAUUAAAACUUUUUUUGAUGUAAUAUAAUCUAACGUUGUGCUGGUACCUGUUUUACCAUGUGUAAUUUUUGUUCUACACCACAGUUCUUAAUUUGUUUAGAGUUUUAUGAGAGAUGGUAUAGUUUUUAUUGACAAAAAAACAAAGUAAUCUUACAACUAUGUGCAUACAAAAGCAAUACUAUUUUGUGACUGAAUAUUUUAUAUUAAAAUUUACAUCAGCAACUGUCUCAAGAAUUCAGGGAAAUAGAAUGGAAUUUAAAACUUCACGUUUUGUUAAACCUAGAAACAUGAAUCAGUAUUCCAAAGAGAUUCUGAAAUUUCAUAUCUUGGGGAAAUGACGGUACAUUAAAUCAAAAUUGAGGAUGGAUGAUUUAAGAAAUAACAUUUGACUUUUGAAUAAUAAAAAAGUGAAGAGUAAGAGAAA